AUGGAUGACGAAGCGGAAACGUAUAAAUUAUGGAGAAUUAGAAAAACGGUCAUGCAGCUUUGCCACGAUAGAGGUUAUCUUGUUACCCAAGAUGAAUUAGAUCAAACAUUAGAACAGUUUAAAGAACAAUUUGGAGAUAAACCCAGUGAAAAAAUUCCCGCGAGAAGUGAUUUAAUUGUUUUAGUUGCUCAUAACGAUGAUCCUACAGAUCAAAUGUUUGUUUUUUUUCCUGACGAUCCUAAAAUUGGUAUAAAAACUAUAAAAACAUACUGUCAAAGAAUGCAAGAAGAAAAUAUUCAUAGAGCUAUAAUUGUGGUUCAACAAGGAAUGACUCCAUCGGCAAAACAGUCUCUUUCAGAUAUGGCACCAAAGUAUAUAUUAGAACAAUUUUUAGAAUCUGAAUUAUUGAUAAAUAUUACAGAACAUGAAUUGGUACCAGAGCAUGUGGUUAUGACACCAGAAGAAAAACAAGAAUUACUUCAAAGAUAUAAAUUAAAAGAAAAUCAAUUGAUGAGAAUUCAAGCAGGAGAUCCUGUUGCAAGAUAUUUCGGAUUAAAAAGAGGACAGGUUGUAAAAAUUGUAAGACCAUCAGAAACAGCUGGACGAUAUAUAUCUUACAGAUUAGUCUGUUAA